AUGGAUAUUACAAAUGUUGUUAUAGACCACCGUCGGAAGGACCUUGUAAAGAAAGUGCGGAUCGCCAAGCAACAAGACCCGCUAAUAAGUCCAAUGGAAAAGUACUCCACUCUUCCAAUACCUAAGGACAAGUGUUUAGCUACCUACGUCUGGGUUGAUGGCACUGGCGAAAAUUUACGGAGCAAAGACACCACAUUAAAGUUCUUACCUAUAAAACCGAAGGACAAGUUUUCACAUAUAAUGGAUAAGAUAGAGGAAAAAAUUAGAAAGGAAACAUAUGAUACUAUGACUUAUUCCCAGCAAAAUAAAUACUUGCCGCCGUACUAUUGUCCAAGAAAUUUAGAAAAUAUAUAUAAAGUUGAAUGCAGGCUCAGGGCAACCAGGAACACGGACACUUUUGACGAAAAUUUAAAAGAUUUACCAAUACUGCCUUUCGAUGGAAAUGCAUGUGGUCUAACAAAACGAACGAAUGCUGACAUGCUCUUGAUUCCGCGAGCGAUAUACAAGGACCCGUUCAAACGUGGCAACAGCAUCUUAGUUAUGUGCGAUACCUAUAACUACAAAAUGGAACCCACGCGAACUAACCAUCGUCACAAGUGCGCGGCCACUUACAAUAAAUGCAAGGAGCAUGAGCCCUGGUUCGGUUUGGAGCAGGAGUUUUACUUAUUGAACCCCAUCGACUCACGACCGGUAGGCUGGCCCAAAUGUGGUUUUCCUCGAAAUUCAAGACAAUAUUAUUGCGGAAUUGGUGGGGAUAAAGUUUUCGGUCGAGAACUUAUCGAUGCCCAUUACAGAUGUUGUCUAUACGCUGGUAUUCCUUUGUGGGGUAUAAAUCCAGACUUAGUACCGUCACAGUGGGAGUAUCAAGUCGGUCCCUCAGUUGGAAUAGACGCAGGUGACGAUGCCUGGAUGUCUCGCUACAUUUUGAAUAUACUUGGUGAGAAAUUCGGAGUUAUAAUCUCCUUCGAGCCUAAACCAGUUGCACAGUGGUCUACGUCUAAGGCACAAAUGAAUUUUUCCACUCAGGCUACACGCGGAGUAAACGGUAUUUCGGUAAUUCAGAAGGGAAUAAAAAAGUUAGCAACUUUUCAUGAAAGGCACAUCAAAGUAUAUGACCCUCGACGUGGACUGGAUAACAAGAGGCGUUCGACUAGUACUGGAUUAACAAAAAGUACCAUAGAUGAUUUUUCUGCAGGAAUUGCAGAGCGUUUCUAUAGCAUACGAAUACCGCGCACAGUGGCUGAAAAUAAAUGCGGUUAUAUGGAUGACCGUCGACCCCCUUCAAACUGUGACCCUUAUCAAGUGAUCGAAGCUCUAAUGGGCACUGUUAUACUUAAUGAAUAA